AUGACGUCUCAAACUUACAGUAACCAACGGGGCCUCGACCAGCCCGAUUUAGAGCGACAAGGGGGACAGUCUCGAGUUGUCUCGGUCGGCAGGAGAUGGAGUGUCUGGUUUCGACUGCUAGCAAAGCGAGCCAGAAACGAUGCACCAACCGAAGACAUGAAUGCGAGAUCGCCGGACGGCGCCACACGACCGUCGACUCUGAGAAUUCCCCUCAAAAAUCGAAGAACAAAACAGUGCUGCUUUUUAUGCAUGAGGAACAGAGACGGCGCGUUUGCCAUUGCUGUACCCUGCCUCAAACCGAUUCAAUACGGCCGACCCUUUGCCACUCCUGUAAUCUUCGAAGAUGAUGCACAAGAACCAGAUGUUGGUGAUGCAGGAUCGGAAGAGGCCCAGACGGAGAGCGACACUGCAGACGAGACAGACGAGAGUGACGCUGCAGUUUUUGAGAGGCUCCAACAAGAAUGUCUGAAGCAACAGGGUACUUGGAAGAAGUGGCUUCCAUACUACGGAAUUACAAAGGUUGAAGAAGUCAAAUUUGAAGUUACUGGAGUUGUCCAGAAGGACAAGGUGUUCUCAAUCAUCGUGAACCCCUGGGACCUGAAAACGAUUGAAGAAGGUCUAGAUAGCACCAUCUCCAUGGUCGCAGGUGUUCUUGAGUGUGAAGAUGCCUCGGGCGAUAUCUGUUGCGGGGACGAACAUAGCAGAUACUGUACCGGUCUAAUGGAUGCUGGUGAGGACUGGAAGUGCGUCAAAGACCGCAUUCGCGAUGCCAGGCUUCUCAAGAAGAAGCUUCGAAUGCUCGAUCUUCUAACAAAGUGUGGGCGGGACCCCCAGAAGGCGAAUGGACUGGGACUACUCGAAGGAAUGGCUGGGUCGGAAUGGAUAUACGAAUUCAAUGGACCAUACGGCGUCAUGGAUUCUCUUGAUGAUCAGCCAUUUGACCGGACCAACGAGUUUUGUGGCCUGAUGUACACGGUGGGAUGGCAGAUGGAUCGGCUGAAAUAUGAGCUGGCACCACGAGCCGCUUGGUGUUGGCUGGUGUUCGCCGUCGUGUGGCUUUGCGUCGCACUGUGGGGUGGUAUGGGAGGACAUUGGAAUAUGCCGUUCGCGUUUGGGCAGCUCGUCGUCGCCAGCGUUGUACUUCUCGCUGUCCCGCACUAG